UGCUCUGCUGUUGGGAUAUUAGAUUGCGCAGCAACAGCCUCACGAUUCCAUCGCUGCGUCCCCUGGCCCGCACUAUUUCCUUGCUGCGCUACCUUCUCUGCGUCUCAAUUGGUACUACUCUCUACUACUACUCGCUCUCCGCUGUUGCUGCAGGAAUCGGUCCCCUUCGUCGCUUCGCCUCGCACUGCCCUGGUCGCAAUUGCAAUGGCAGCCAUGGCUCAAGCUUCCUUGGUGAGUAAUCCUGGCAGUCUUGCCGCUUCCAGCUCCGUUGCUAGAAUUGGCGACAAUGUCGCUUCUGCUAGGUUACAAUUGGCAGCCUCUUCGCCCGUGUGUUUGCGCUCCAAGUAUCAGAAGAGGUCGUUGGUGGCUAGAGCGGCCAUGGCCACUGCCGAAUUGGAAGAACUUUUGGAGAAGGUGAAGGGGAUGACUCUGGCUGACGCCAAGAUCUUCACCGACCGGCUGCAGGAGGACCUCGGCAUCACUGCUAUGUCGUUCGCGCCUGGCGCCGCUGCGCCCGCUGCUGGCGGUGGUGGUGAUCAAGCCGCCGCUGCUGUGGAAGAGAAGACCGAAUUCAACUUGGUCAUGGAGGAGGUUCCCUCGUCCGCUAGGAUUGCUGUCAUCAAGGCCGUCAGGACCUUGACUUCUCUGGGAUUGAAGGAGGCGAAGGACAUGAUUGAAGGCUUGCCGAAGAAUGUGAAGGAGGGAAUUAGUAAAGAGGACGCUGAGGAAGCCAAGAAGGCCUUGGAGGCUGCCGGCGCCAAGUGCAGCAUCAAGUAAGGCGUGACAAGAAUUCGUUCAGAUAGAAGAUGUUUUGCAAGGAAUUUCGCCUAGUCCAUAACUCAAUGGCAAGUCUCUGCUCUCUCGAAUCUUUCUUGGAUUAGGUCACAUCUUUGCCAUUCCCCUAGGUUAGCAGCUUCUUAGGUUACUUGCCCUUGUUACAUUGUCAAAUUCUUUCCGAUGCCAAAUGCAGAUUAAUUAAUGGCCUUAUUAGAAUGCCAGCUUACUCUUCUACCAAGUUUUAUCCUGAAAAUUUUGAACUCUUGCCAUCUUCGUGUGAAUUACAUGAUAGUCUUUAGCCUCUAGUGUAUUCUUCUGGAAUCUCUUCCGAAGAAUGACCAAUAUCGUUUAUUCCUUCAUGGAUGAAUUCGUAGAUGAGGUUUUGUGGAGAACAGCCUACAUUCUUGUCAUUGUAUCGUAGGAAACUGGGAGUUCUGUUGUGACUUCACUGUCCUAAGCUAUAGAAGUCUAAUGCUUGAAUCCUGAAGGCGAUUCAUUAUGUGGGCAAAUGAAUAAUGUUAUUGCAGUUUGAUUUCCUUACA